UAAUAAGUAAACAUCCUAAUUUUUUCGUCUAUUUUAUUUUAGUUAUCAAAAAUUUUGUAACUGAUAUUGACUUAGAAUUGAGAAAAUGCUCAAUUUCACCGAUGUGUCAGAGUUCAUUCUUUUGGGGCUAACCAGCCAUCAGGAAUGGCAAGUUCUCUUCUUUAUCGUCUUCCUUGUGGUCUACAUUAUCACCAUGGUGGGCAAUAUUGGCAUGAUCAUGUUAAUCAAGGUCAGUCCUCGGCUUAACAGCCCCAUGUACUUUUUCCUCAGUCACUUGUCAUUUGUUGAUGUGUCGUUUUCUUCCAAUGUCACCCCUAAAAUGUUGGAAAACCUGUUAUCAGAUAAAAAAACAAUUUCUUAUGCUGGCUGUUUAGUACAGUGUUUCUUCUUCAUUGCGCUUGUCCAUGUGGAAAUUUUUAUUCUUGCUGUGAUGGCCUUUGAUAGAUACAUGGCGAUUGGAAAUCCUCUGCUUUAUGGCAGUAAAAUGUCAAGGGUUGUCUGUAUUCGACUGAUUUCCUUCCCUUACAUUUAUGGUUUUCUGACGAGUCUGGCAGCAACAUUAUGGACUUACGGCUUGUACUUCUGUGGAAAAAUUGAGACCAACCAUUUCUACUGUGCAGAUCCACCUCUCAUCAAAAUGGCCUGUGCCAGGACAUUUGUAAAAGAAUAUACGAUGAUCAUACUUGCCGGCAUUAACUUCACAUAUUCCCUGACUGUAAUUAUCAUCUCUUAUUUAUUUAUCCUCAUUGCCAUUCUGCGAAUGCGCUCAGCAGAAGGAAGGCGGAAGGCCUUUUCCACAUGCGGGUCCCAUCUGACAGCUGUCAUCAUAUUCUAUGGUACUCUGAUCUUCAUGUAUCUCAGACAUCCCUCAGAGGAGUCAGUGGAGCAGGGGAAGAUGGUGGCUGUGUUCUAUACCACAGUGAUCCCCAUGUUGAAUCCCAUGAUCUAUUGUCUGAGGAACAAGGAUGUGAAAGAGGCCAUGACAAAAGUGAUCAGUAGAUCAUGUUAAACAAAAUAAAAUCAAAUUUGAUUCAAUUUUAUCUUCUAUUAUUUGUUUGGAAAACAGUUAUUACCCAGUGCCUAUGAACACUAAGAUAAAGAUAUUCUGUGGGUUGAAAAGAAAAAUAAAAAUGGUGCAAAUUGAGAAAAUGUAAGGUGGAAUGAUUCAUUUCUGUUGAUGUAUGGAGAUUAAUUACAUACGAAUAAAUUAAUUGAAACGGUGAUGUGUGCCAAAGUUCAUAGGUGUACUAAGGGAAGUUGCUCAAAUACUUAGCUGCAACCAAAAGACUUUUUCUUAAUGAAAAGUACAGUUGCAAGAAUUUAAGAAAUAUUUAUUUGCCCACUUAAAAACAAAUUUGGGGCAGAAAAAAAACCCCAUGAUAUUUAAUUUGGUUUUCCAAUAUGAAGACAUAAAAUAUUGGUCUAAUUGUUAUGAGAUUAUUUAUUGUUUAAUGCAUCUUUCAUUAUGUUGUGUAGGGUCUGUUCAGAGACUACUACUUGGAAAAUAACUAUUAUUGUAUUUCAUGCUUUUUAACUUUUUGGUGUUUCUUAAGAAACACAACAUGGUAAGUGUCUCUCUUUCACAGAUCCUGGGAACUGCUGUGUUUCAACUCUACGAUUGCCCGUCACCAGACUCUGGUUUGCCCCUGCUGGUGUCUUCACUCUGACUGAAAAUCCAAGACCUAUGCUAGGAUGCAGGAAUACAGUGGUGAGCAAAUUGGACAUGGUCC